UAAAAGAGCAUUGUUAUUUUUUUUGUUUUUUGUUCGCGCUACCCAUUUGCUGAUUUUUGUUUUUGAAUUUCAAUUUUUUUGAAAGUUUAUUUUUUUUAAAACAACGAAAAUGUCAAUCGGUGUACCAAUUAAAGUAUUACAUGAAGCUGAAGGUCAUAUUAUUACAUGUGAAACAAUUAUGGGUGAAGUUUAUCGUGGAAAAUUAGUUGAAGCCGAAGAUAAUAUGAAUUGUCAGAUGUCAAACAUAACCGUCACAUAUCGUGAUGGUCGUGUUGCACAAUUGGAAAAUGUUUUUAUUCGUGGUUCGAAAAUUCGUUUUCUAAUAUUGCCGGAUAUGUUAAAGAAUGCACCAAUGUUUAAGAAAAUGGUCAAAGGUGGUUCCACAGCUAAUCGUGGAAAAUCGGCUAUAUUACGUGCACAAGUGGCACGUGGUCGUGGUCGUGGUACGGUUAAUCGAGCACCAAUCAUCCCAAGACGUUAAUCGUUCAUUAUCGAAUCAUCAUCAAAAUAAUCCAUUUUUUCAAGUAAAUUUCAUCAUAAAAUGAUUUUUUUUGUAUCAAUUUUUUUCGUGGUAAAAACACAAACAA